AUGUCUUCUUCAGUAACCCUCUUCGACGCCCUCAUAAUCGGCGCCGGCCCCGCCGGUCUAUCCACCGCAAUAGGUCUCGCCCGACAACUACAUACAGCCAUUGUCUUCGACUCAGCCGUCUAUCGUAAUGCCCGCGCAGAGCAUAUGCACAACGUCCUCGGGUGGGACCAUGUCAGCCCUGCAAAGCUCCGCGAGAAGGGGCGCGCAGACCUCCUGGCCCGGUAUCAGACGGUGAAGUUUGCCGAUGUCGCUGUUGCGAGUAUCCAAAAGAUGAUUAUUGGCAAGGGCACUAGCGGCGAUGGCAGAAACAGCAGCGAGGAUGCGAAGAAAGAACUCUCUAUAUUUGAGGCCGUCGAUGUAACCGGGAGGGCCUGGCAUGGGCGGAAAGUGGUUCUUGCGACGGGCGUCAAGGAUCGGAUGUUGGAUAUUGAAGGAUUUGAUGAGUGUUGGGGACGGGGAAUAUUCCACUGCCUCUUCUGUGACGGCUUCGAAGAGCGCGGCCAGAAAAGUGUCGGCUUUCUAGCUAUGGGUCCUCUUGCGGAUGUUCACAAGGCUCUGCAUGUUCUUCGGAUGGCAUUGCGUCUUUCUGAAAGUGUUGUUGUUUACACGAAUGGGAAUGAUAAGCUUGCUGCUGAGCUUCGUGGUGGCAUUGGUGGGCUUAAUGCGGUGGUUGAUACGAGACGGAUUGCAAGGUUGGAGAAGAUGGAUGUUGGUGCGCAGGUGAAGGUGCACUUUGAGGAUGGGGAUGAGAAUGGGGAUAAUUUCAAGGUCUACGCCGCAGCAAGUGAAAUCAAUGGACCCUUCGCGGAGCAGCUGGGACUGGAAGUGACUGCUCAAGGUGACAUCCAGGUAUCGCAGCCGCUCUUCGAGACUGGCCUACCGGGCGUUUUUGCAGUAGGAGACGUUGCUGGUCCGGUCAAGGCUGUAACGCCGGCAGUGUAUUCCGGGACGAUGGCUGCGGGAGGAGUCGCGAUGCAGGUGCAAGCUGAAGAGGAGUUGCGAGUUGAGCAGUUGGGGAUAUAA